AUGCCUCGUCACCGUGCUCUUUGCGUUGGUCUCAUUGCCCUUGAUAUCGUCAGCACCUGUCAACGUUUUCCGGAUGAAGACGAAGACAUCCGAGCCAUAUCCCAAAAAUGGCAGACCGGGGGAAAUGCUUGCACCAAUGCCACGGUGCUGACUCAGUUAGGGAUGCAGUGUGAGUUCCUUGGUUCCUUGUCACGCGGAGCUGAAGCUGAAUUUGUCUGCAAACACCUGCGUGACCGUGGAGUGUGUUACAGUAGCUGUGUUCGACAUCCCGACUGUGGUACUCCAACUUCGUGUGUGACGCUGAGUCUCGAGACCGGAAGCCGAACGGUGGUGCACGCAAGAAAUAACCUUCCGGAGCUUUCAGUAUCCGCCCUCAAGAAAAUCAACCUGUCGAACUACGACUGGGUUCAUUUCGAAGGUAGAAGAAACGAGGAAGAAAUUGUGAAGAUGAUUGAUAUGGUAGAAAAAUGGAAUUCCACGCUCACGCUCGAAAACAAGAUUAUCGUUUCUGUGGAGUUAGAAAAACCGCGAAAAACUCUCCUACCAUUGCUAGAUAAAGCUGACGUUGUGUUCAUAAGCAAAGAUUUUGCUCAAUUCUGUGGUUAUUCUUCAGCCUCCGAAGCUGUCAAAUCCCUGCGUAAUAAAAUCAAACCUAGUGCCACCGUGAUUUGUGCUUGGGGAGAAAAAGGUGCAGAUGGUGCUGGUCCCGAUGGUGAUGUCAAACACAGCGAUGCCUACCCCCCUGAGAAGGUCAUUGACACUCUUGGGGCCGGCGAUACAUUCGUUGCUGGCGCUAUAUACAGCCUCAUAAAAGAGUCCUCGGUUGAACAAGCGUUGAUCUUUGCCUGCAGUUUGGCGGGGUUCAAGUGUGGUGUGGCAGGAAAUGAUGGUCUCGUAGAAGCGUUUUAUAAUUACCAGAACAACAGCUGUCACUAA